AAUUAAUUGAUAAUGAGACAAAUUUUAUGACCAUGUAAAGCAAAAUAUUACUUUAAAACAUAAAAUGGAAAACCAAGUAGAUAUCAUAAGAUGAUUAGAUAAUGUGCUUUUGAAAAGUGAUUAGAAGUAAUUUUAUAAUUAAUCAACCAUCUAUGAUUUUUGGAUCAUAAGAUAAUGCCCAUUCUAAUAUUGGCCUAUUAGCAAUCGUAUUACCAUUUAUUAAAUACUUUUUUAUGAAAAUUGGGUUUUAAUUUUUUAUUUAACAAGAUGCUUGAUAUACAGACAUAUGAAUUGUAGAGAUUCUUUUUUAGCAUCUUAGGUAUAAUUAUGUAUUAAUGCA